CGGGGCGGAGACAAGAUGGCGGCCGGGUGGCUGUGGCGGCGGCUCUGUCAGGGAUCAACUUUUCCUGAGUAUGCAAGCAGAAUUAUGCAAAAGCAGUAUUUUCUUCCAAGCUCCAACUUGAUGGGAGCACGGCUGGCUGGAUCCCAUGUUGAUAAGGAGCCUAAGACCAAUCCUUUGGUAAGUGUUUUUAUCUGUUUCGAUGAGCCAGAAACACUGUACAAGAGAUUGUCCAUUUUAGUUAAAGGUCACGAUAAAGCUGUGUUGGCAGCUAUGAAUAUUUGCAGUGCUUGCAGCUAAAGAACUGGCAUCUCUAUUGAAAAAGUAGAUAAACCUCCAAAGACGAUAGAACGAUUUACACUUCAAUCUGUACAUAUUUACAAGAAGCAUCGAGUUCAGUAUGAAAUGAGAACACAUUACAUGUGUUUGGAGGUAAGAAGAAGGAAAAAAAGGGUUCUGGAAAACAUUACUUCUGUUUUAGUUAAAUACCUAACAAGCAGUACUGCUGCAGUUUACUUGGAGUAUGUGCAACGAAACUUACCUGAAGGGGUUGCCAUGGAAGUAAAAAAGACUAAGAUAGAGAGAAUACCUGAACACAUUAAGAAACCAGUUUGGGAUACACUACCUCAAGUGGAAGAAGCUGAAGUCAAGUCAUGAAUACACCAGGUACUUGGCUCUGUUAGUACUGGAAUUCAUUGCUCCUAUCAGCCUAAUUUACUGUUAAAUAAAAGUUCUCUUAUAAAGAAAUUUUA